AUGGUAAUGGUGUGCAUCCUCGCGAAAAACAAGAGCCGAGAGAUGGAAAUCGUCAGAGUCGAGUUGUGGAACAUCAUCAUCAUCGUCAUCAUCAGUACUAGCAUCCUCAUCAGCUGCAUCUUCUCUACCAUCAUCAGUAUCAUCAUCAUCAGUACUAGCAUCACCAUCAUUAUAAUCAUCAUCAUCAUUAUCAUUAUCUCUGUACCAGCAUCAUCAGCAGCACCAGUGACGGGCAUCGUGGGGCGGGCCGACGUGCUGGCGUGUGUCUUCUUCCUGCUGUCCUUCCUGGCGUACCACGACCCCGGGUUCGGCGGGCGCAUCGGCUCGUCCGUGCUGCUGGCCGGGCUGUCCAUGCUGGCCAAGGAGACGGGGGUGACGGUGCUGGGCGUGAACCUGCUGCUGGACGUGUACCGGUCCUGGGGCUCGCUGCGGCGCGCCAUCCGGGACGCGCGCUGGAACGAGGAGGCCGCGCUCUUCUCGCGCCGCGCCGCCAAGAUCGUCAUGUCGCUGAGCGUGCUCGUGGUGUUCCGGAUCGCCCUGCUACAGGGCAGCAUGCCCAAAUUCUCGCAACAGGAUAACCCAGCGGCAUUCCACCCCUGCCCGCAAGUGCGGCUUCUCACGUUCUGCUACCUGGCGGCGCUCAACUGCUGGCUGCUGCUGUGUCCCACCACACUGUCGCACGACUGGCAGUUCGGGUCCGUGCCGCUGGUCACCUCGCUGGCAGACUGCAGGAACCUCGCCACCUGCGCGCUGUUCGGCGUGGGCCUCCUCGUCGCCUACCGCUGCUUCGUAGACUUAGAGAUCCAGAGGCACCCCCCGCUGGUGCUGGGCCUGCUGUUCCUCUGCGUGCCGUUCCUGCCCGCCUCCAACCUGGUCGUCACGGUGGGCUUCGUGAUAGCGGAGCGGGUGCUGUACAUCCCCAGCCUGGGCAUGGUGCUGCUGGUGGUGUACGGGCUGCAGCUGCUGUGGCACGCCGUGCUGGUGCGGCAGCGCACGCUGCUCCUCGUCGCCGCCAUGCUCGUCCUCGGCUCCUUCUGCCUCCGGACCGUGGCGCGCAACAAGGACUGGACCUCGAGGGAGACCCUCGCCCUGUCCGGCGUCCGGGACAUGCCGAACAACGCCAAGCUCCACUACAACAUGGGCAACACGUACCGGGACACGGGCAGGAAGCCGCCUGCCAUCUCGCACUACAAAGAGGCCCUGAGGUUAUGGCCCUCGUACGCGUCGGCGCACAACAACCUGGGCACGCUGGCGCCGUCCGCGGACGAGGCGGAGCGCUACUUCCUGUCGGCGAUCCGCUUCCAGCCCGCGCACGUCAACGCCCACUACAACCUGGGCCACGUGUACAAGCGGGAGAACCGGACGGACGACGCCAUCCGGAUGUGGGAGCGCUGCAUCUCGCUGGACCCGCAGUACGCCAGCGCGUACCUGUGGCUGGCCCAGCUUGAGGGCGCCGAACGCAGCGCCGAGCGCGCCGGCGAGCUGCUGCGUGCACUCAACCUGCGCUCCGGGCCGUGCCCCAAGCACCGCGCCGCCCUGGCCGACUGGCUGCUCUCCAAAGGAACCAAUAAUCGUAUCAGGAGCCGGCCAGAUGAGGCCUGCUGGUGA